AUGGCUAAUUAUAGUCCAAUCAUUCUCUUUGGUCGUCUGUUGGUCAAAGAUAUUGGAGAAUGCGAUAAAGCAGAAAAAUAUUUUCAUAUGCUGUUAAAGACAUUACCAAAUGAACACGAAGAUAUUUGCGAAAUUUAUCAUCAAAUCGGUAAUGUCUUGAAAACAAAAAAUGCAUUUGAUUUAGCACUUGACAUGUACAUACAGGCGUAUCACUUACGUCAAAAAAAGUUACCCGAAAAUCAUCCAAAAUUAGGUCGUUCAUUAAAUAGUAUCGGUUCCGUUUAUUAUCGAAAAGGUGAUUUUGAUCAAGCGUUCGAUUAUUUCAAUAAAGCGCUGAAUAUUUUUCAUAUAAAUAAUGAUAAUAAUACAGGUACAUUAACGGAACUCAUUGGUCUAAUAUUUAGAAAAAAAAAGCAAUACGACUCUGCAUUAGAAUGUUUUAAAACUAUACUUGAAAUACGACAAAGAACUUUCCCUAAGGAACAUCCACGAAUCGCAUGGUGUUUAAGGCAAAUUGGCCGUAUUUACGAAGAGCAAUUUAAGUAUGAUCAAGCACUUGAUUAUUAUCAUUCUGCAUUGAAAGUAAAAGAAAAAAUUUUACCUAACGGACAGCAAACAUUGAUAAUCAGUGGUAUCGAGCGUAUAAUAAGAGUCUAUAAAUUGAAGAAUGCUUAUAAUGAAGCGGUAAAUUUUUGUCAACAAAAACUAUUAAUUGAAGAUAAUGAUUCAUUCAAAUAUACUUAUCUUGUUAAAACAAUUGAAACUUUGUUAGUUGAAAAAGAUUGUAAACAAACAAUUAAUGAAAUUAUUGAUAAACUUUAA